AAAAUAAGUGUGUCAUCUUUAUCGGGAGCAGUUAUCAGAAAAAUCUUAUUGAACAAUACAAGCAGCAUUUGGUUGGGUGUGUUCCAGUACCAUGUGUGAUUUGAACGAAUGAAUGGGGGGCUCAGUACGUACCUGGCCUAGGUAUGGUCGAUGGUUAAUCUUUUCACCUGUGAUGACGUCAGCCAGGUAAACGAAACGCUCAGGGGAAACUUAAUCGAAUAUGGCGGUGUCGCGACAACAACAGAUCGAACUUGUGCUUUUAUUAGUGAUAGUUUUUGUUAGUGAUAUUAUUCUUGGACAAUAUACCCAGUGGGGCUAUGGAUACCCGCCUAAUCAGCAAAAUCCUUAUGAUGUAUACGGAGCACAACAAGGACCUUAUAAUAUUCCUAAUCCAGGCGAUAAGGAUUAUAGGACCUUUGUUUAUAAAGGGCGAAGUUACGGGUUAGGCAAUAGUUAUUCUCAAGGAAUUCCUGGCGAUCCUAGGCUGGGUAACGCCGAUCCAAUUUUCCCAGGUAUCCUCGGACGGUGGCGAGAAGACCUUCAGGGUAAACGAAGGGACCAAACAAAAGAGCUACAGCGUGACAUAUUUGUUAGAACCACACAUGGAGAAGUCCAGGGUUUCCAGGUUUAUCUUUUCGAUGAUCCUAGUCCUGAGUCAUUAUACCGCCCUGGAGCUGAGUUUAUUGAGAGACAGAUGGGGAUAGCCAGCGUGUUUUUAGGAAUACCAUAUGCACAAGCGCCUACGAAUAAUGAUGGAAGAUUUAAGCCUCCAAGACUCCACAGAGGCUGGCAACUAAUUCAAGCAGUAGAUUUCGGACCAGCUUGUCCACAACCCGAAAAAUACACAGGUUAUACCAUGGGUGUACGAGAUAUGGAUGAAGAUUGCCUCUACCUAAACGUAUAUACGCCAAACAUUCAAGAGGGCAUUGGUCAAAAGUACCCAGUAAUGGUCUACAUCCACGGUGGUGAUUUUAUCCAUGGAGCAUCAAACUUGUUCCCAGGACAUAUAAUGGCAACUUUUUAUAAAGUGGUUGUUGUGACUUUCAACUACCGACUUGGUGCUUUAGGAUUUCUAAGCACAGGAGACGUAAAUUCGCCAGGAAACUAUGGCAUCCUAGACCAAGCAAUGGCUCUACAGUGGGUUUUUGAAAACGCUGAAAAAUUUAAUGGUGAUAGAUACAGCAUUACUUUAUUUGGUCCAGGAGCGGGUGCUGCUUCUGCUGGCUUAUUAAUGGUCGCUCCAGAGACCAGAAAUAUUGUUACAAAAGUUAUAGCUCAGAGUGGAUCAGCUGUAGCGGAUUGGGCAAUGAUUUUCGAUAGAUAUCGUGCACAAAACACCAGUAGAGUAUUCGGGAGGCAGAUAGGUUGUAGCAUCGAAUCCUCUUGGCGGCUAGUUAAUUGUCUUAGGACAAGAAGUGCGUUUGAAAUUGGAAAAGCUGAGUUUCCUCCAGAAGUGGGACUAUUUCCUUGGGCUCCAGUUAUUGAGAUGAAUGUUUCUAUGCCUUAUUAUGAAGGAUGGUAUGAAAAUGAUUGGCAUUUCUUAAAUGAGAGUGUAGAAACUUUAAUAAGAAAAAGGAUGUUUCAUCCAGAUUUAAGAUAUAUGAGUAGUGUUACUUUACAAGAAGCUGCCACUUUUAUAACUUCCAACCAGAGCUUAGCACCUUAUUUUGAAAUAGAUCAGAAUUUCUUUGAUCAGAAAGUAUGGGAGUUAGUUAUGCGCUAUAACUACACCUUAAACGCAAUUGGGACGUUUAAUGCCAUAAAAUAUAUGUAUACUUACUGGCCAGAUCCAAAUAACAAAACUAUGAUUAGAGAAAAAUACAUUCAGCUGUUAACGGACUUUUUAUACACAGCACCAAAUGAUAAGAUGGUUAAGUUGCUUGUAGAGCAAAACGUACCAGUUUACAUGUACGUCUUAAAUACAACUGUAGAGUCAUUUCAGCUUAGCGAGUGGAGAAAGGUACCACAUAACAUAGAGCACUACCUCCUAUGUGGAGCACCAUUUCUGGAUGUGGAGAUGCUCCCUCCUAAAGAACGAUUUGUGCGAAACCAAUGGACUAAUAAUGACAGGAAUAUGAGUCACUUUUUCAUGAAAGCUUACACUGACUUUGCAAGGUAUGGGAAUCCAACUCAUACCCAAAUUUUAGGAAUACACUUUGAGGAGGCGAAGAAUGGCCAGUUAAAGUAUUUAAAUUUAAAUACAACUUAUAACUCUUCCAUUAUGUGGAAUUUCCGGCAAACUGAAUCGGCUUUCUGGACCAUGUAUAUACCACAGCUUGUAGGGCAUUUAGUGCCAACUUACCCUCCCACUACUGAGUUUUGGUGGGAACCCACGACGCCGUUGCAAAUAGCAUUUUGGAGCAUGUCGGGUUUUUGCUUGUUCCUGAUAGUGCUAUUGGUAUUAUGUUGCAUGCUCUGGAGAAAUGCUAAGAGAUCCAAAGAUCGUUACUAUAACCCUUAUCUUUACCCUUCGGAUACCGAAAAUGAAGAUGGGGUUGAAAAUACCCGAGAUCCAGAUGAGUACUCUGAAAAGCUACGUCCACCUGUUGCGGCUGCGCGUACCAACAGCCAGUCCUCAUUUCAGACGGUCUCAAUGAAAGAAAUGCAAGGAUUUGUAACUCCUAGUCCUACGGAGGAAGUUUCUAGAAGAGCAACGCCUGUUGUACAGCCUAGAACUAGAAGUAGAUCGCAGUCAAAUAUAUUGCAAGGUGUUCCACAGACAGAUGUGUAGUGGUUGGAUGUUAUAUUGGGUUAUGAUUGUUGUUUACUGUGCAACUAAUUAAAACUUUGUUUUGUUAAUUUUACGCGAAUGAAGAAUUUAUAGUUUACAAGUAAUAAAGAACAAAUAAGGCUUGAUCGAUUACUGCUUAAGUAAGAAAAGUCACUUUUUGUUCUUUUUUAUCUGCUUUAUAAGUGCCAGUGGGGAAUUAGCUUUAUGUUACUGAGACGCAAUUUUUAUUAUAUAGAAUAUAUUUUCUAGAUAAAAAUAAUAGUCCUAAUAAACAAACCAUUUUUUUAAAGAAAUAUUUGUAAAUAAAAUAAUUAACUGUGCCCGUCCAUAUAUUUAAUUUGUAUAUAUUUAUUGUGAAUAUUUUAUAUUUAAAUUUACCUAUUUGUUCAAUAUUUCCAUAUAAAUUAAGUUUUCAGGUUUUUUUCUUAUAUUUUUAUCAUAAUGCUGCCAAAGGUUGUCUCCAUGACUUUCUACACGUACCAUAAACAUAUCGUCCGUCACCCUUUUCUACAACUUUUGUAUAAUAAUUCAUUAAUUGUAAUACAGAUCUCAAUAUUUCCAUAA